UAUUAAGUAAGCAAUACACAAUUCUGUUGUUGUGACUUGUGAUCUUUCCAUAAUAUUAUGGACAAUAUUAUUUACACUUUGCUUUUGAUACUUUUUCUAUCUCUGAAGGCUAGUAGUAGUGUUUCUUCUAGAGAUAGACAAUGGGGUGGUGUGAGGAGAAUAUUGAGCUCUGGGGAUAAUAAUAAUAAUGAUAAUAAUAAUAAUGGUGAUCUUGUGACUAACUUGCCUGGCCAGCCUCCUGUAGAUUUCCAGCACCAUGCUGGAUAUGUCACUGUCAACGAAACUAAUGGUCGAACACUCUUUUACUGGUUCUAUGAGGCCAUGACCAAGCCUGAAGAUAAACCAUUGGUGCUGUGGCUUAAUGGAGGUCCUGGGUGCUCUUCUGUUGGAUAUGGAGCAACACAGGAGAUUGGCCCAUUUUUAGUGGACACCGAUGGCAGGGGCCUCAAGUUUAAUAACUUUUCAUGGAACAAAGAGGCCAACAUGUUAUUCCUGGAAUCUCCUGUCGGGGUUGGCUUUUCCUAUUCAAAUACAACCAGCGAAUAUGCACAAUUGGGAGAUGACUUCACAGCUAAUGAUGCUUACACUUUUCUGCACAAUUGGUUCCUCAAGUUUCCAUCAUAUAGAACAAGGACAUUUUACAUAGCAGGAGAGAGCUAUGCAGGAAAGUAUGUACCGGAGCUGGCCGAACUCAUCCACGAUAGAAACAAGGACCCUUCCCUUCACAUUAAUCUCAAGGGAAUUUUGCUGGGUAACCCUGAAACAUCUGAUGCUGAGGACUGGUCAGGUAUGGUUGAUUAUGCUUGGAGCCAUGCAGUGAUAUCUGAUGAAACUUACAAAACUAUAAAAGCAAGCUGUGACUUCAAUAGCAGUGAUCCGUGGAGUAACAAUGAUUGUACUCAAGGAGUGGAUGAAACACUCAAACAGUACAAUGAAAUUGAUAUCUACAGCCUCUACACCUCUGUCUGCUUCGCUAGUACAGCGCGUUCAAACGAUCAAUCGAUGCAAAUGGUGAUGAGUCGCUCAUCUAAAAUGAUGCCACGGAUCAUGGGAGGUUACGACCCAUGUUUGGAUGAUUAUGCUAAAACUUUUUAUAAUAGACCAGAUGUUCAGAAGGCACUCCAUGUCAGUGAUGGUUACAAUCUGAAGAAUUGGAGUAUUUGCAAUGAAAACAUAUUCAAGGGCUGGGCACAAUCAAAGCCUUCUGUUAUCCCAAUCUACAAGAAACUCAUUUCAGCAGGACUUAGGAUUUGGGUUUACAGUGGAGACACUGAUGGUAGGGUGCCAGUGCUGUCAACAAGAUACAGCUUAAGUAUUCUAGGUUUGCCUAUCACUAAGAGAUGGAGGCCUUGGUACCAUGAAAAGGAGGUAAGUGGGUGGUAUCAAGAAUACGAGGGGCUUACGUUUGCGACAUUUCGGGGAGCUGGCCAUGCAGUGCCUUGUUUCAAACGAAGCAACUCAUUGGCAUUCUUCUCCUCCUUUCUUCUUGGAAAAUCCCCACCAUCUACAAAAUAAUCAUCCAGAUUCAUAUAUAUAUAUAUAUAUAUAUAUAUAUAUAUAUAUAUAUAUAUAGAGAGAGAGAGAGAGAGAGAGAGAGAGAGAGAGAGAGAGAGAGAGAGAGAGAGAGAGAGAGUUAUCAUGUGAAGUACUCCCGAAAAAAGUUUUUGCUUUCAUUGCAACAUUAUUAGUUGCCUAUCUUAUCAAAAUGUUAAGCAACCAAUUAGUACAAACAUAUAUAAUGAAUAAGAGAGUGUUACUGUGGUUUCGAUUGAA